AUUUCUUGGACACUGGCUGAAGAUGUGACUGCUACCUCAUACACCGUCUCAUACUUUAACACUAACUGCUCCGGUGACACUGGCAGCAUCACUACUGACAGUAUGGAGCACAGACUGACUGAACUGGAGGAGGGAACUACAUACCUCAUCACUGUCACUACCACUCUAAGGAGUCAGAUCAUUAAGUACAACAUCACAGCUGCUACAAAUGGCACUGUCCCAUCUGCCCCUCCCUCCUCUUUGGAUGUUUGUGUGGUGAACUCUUCCACCAUCACUGUCCAGUGGGGAGAGGUACCAUGUAUCCAUCAGAAUGGAGCAAUCACA